AUGACUGACCUUUCGACCUUCACACUCAUCACCGUCGAUGACCCCUCUGACCAGAUUGAAGAACUAGUUAUAACUAAUGUGAACUUAAUUUCUGACGACUCACUGAGUCUCGUGUACGAGGAUGAUCUUACGGCAAGGAAGAAGGCGGUCCAGAUUAUCGUAACUAGUGUAAACCCAUCGUCUGGUGAAACUCCUCGAGUCGUGAGGAUUUCAGGAGUCUUUUCAGUUGUGGAAGUUACUGAAGACGGCCCGGCGCCUCUGCUAGCAUCUGGCAACAUCUGGUCUGAGUUGACUCCUAUCACUGAAGAGGACUACAUUGUAAUCGAGGGAUUCACUCUCAAGGUGCCCGCUCUGCUCCUAGGAGUGAAGACAGAGAACUGUGGGGAACUGGACUCGUUCACAGCCCAUAUCUGCGGAGGAGAAGCCCCUACAACCCAAAGAACUACAUCAUUGCCGACAACCAUCACACCAUGUGAAGAAGAAGGCAUGUUUACCGUGACACCUCCUUCACUUCUCACGACAAAGGCGCCUUCUGGCACUAUCACACCAAAAAGUGGAAGAACUACUGUUGGGCCACCAGGAUCACCCGGCAGCGAAGGAACUACUGUGGGACCACCAGGAUCACCCCGCAGCGGAGGAACUACUGCGGGACCACCAGGAUCACCCGGCAGCGAAGGAAUUACUGCAGGACCACCCGGAAGCGAAGGAACUACUGUGGGACUUCCAGGAUCACCCGGAAGUGAAGGAACUACUGCGGGACCACCAGGAUCACCCGGAAGCGAAGGAACUACUGUUGGGCCACCAGGAUCACCCGGAAGCGAAGGAACUACUGUGGGACCUCCAGGAUCACCCGGAAGCGAAGGAACUACUGCGGGACCACCAGGAUCACCCGGAAGCAAAGGAACUACUGUGGGACCUCCAGGAUCACCCGGAAGCGAAGGAACUACUGCGGGACCACCAGGAUCACCCGGCAGCGAAGGAACUACUGCGGGACCACCACGAUCACCCGGCAGCGAAGGAACUACUGCAAGACCACCAGGAUCACCCGGCAGCGAAGGAACUACUGCGGGACCACCAGGAUCACCCGGAAGCGAAGGAACUACUGUGGGACCACCAGGAUCACCCGGCAGCGAAGGAACUACUGCGGGACCACCAGGAUCACCCGGCAGCGAAGGAACUACUGCAGGACCACCUGGAUCACCCGGCAGCGAAGGAACUACUGUGGGACCUCCAGGAUCACCCGGCAGCGAAGGAACUACUGCGGGACCACCAGGAUCACCCGGCAGCGAAGGAACUACUGCAGGACCACCAGGAUCACCCGGAAGCGAAGGAACUACUGUGGGACCACCCGGCAGCAAAGGAACUACUGUGGGACCACUUGGUAGCGUGGGAACAACCGCGGGACCACCUGGAAGUGAAGGAACUACAGCGGUACCUUCCGGUCCUGGAUUUAUCUGUGAUGAGAUGGAUUCUGAUGAAAACCGAGCCGUCUAUGGAUACGAGAGCGCUUUGUGGUUCGAAUUAAUGAAAAAUCUGUUUCUAGAAGAAUCAACUACAACUUCAUCGUCGUCAACAACUCCUAUGUACCCUGCUGAAUUGACAUGCGCCCACUUGGGCCGAAAAGAACUAGACAGUCAGCCUGAGGCACCUUGCUCCGUGGACAUGUCAGAUCUCUCAACAUUUGUCAAGAUUCCUCUGGACCUCAUGGAAUCAUGGACUGUCGAGGACUUGGUUCUGACUAACCUGGAAUCCGUUGACGAGGACUUGAAACUCGUGAUUGAAGCAGCAAAUGGCGUGAAGAAGUCAGUGACCUUGACUGGAAUUGUUGCGGUGACGACAGACAUUCCUGACACUUCAUCAAAGGAGGUCAAAGUUCUGGUCGGAUCUGUUGUUUUGACAACUGUAGAUGAAGCUUCCGGACCUGUGAACCCUCUGUUUGAUGACCCCACCGACGUUCUCGCAGAAGUGACCUCGGAUGACUUUGUGGUGGUGAAAGGAGUGAGUCUCACUGGAUCGGCACUGUACCUCGGAGCCCCAACUGAAGAUUGCAAGAAGCCAGAUGCAGUUGUCAGUCUGCACGUAUGCGGAGAAGAAACGACAGUGACUGAAGUGACAACGACAGUGGUGACAACUGAGACCACGACUGAACUGUCCACAACCACCAAGUUCAAAGUAUGUGUAGACGACGAGAGAGACACUGUGACGUCAGACUCUCCUUUGUCGACUCCACUGGGCAGCGCACCUGUCAAAAUCAUCGAUUUGGACCCAGCAGUGAUUGUGACUGAAGUGAAUGUGACAUUCAACUACCCUGUUCUUGACUCCCCUCCUUCUCUGGUGGUGAUCUUCAACGACGGAUCCGACUCUUUCUUCGAGGUAUCCUUCUCCCCAGAUGGAACUAAAGAGCAGAGUCUCGUGAAGUCACCACUCCUCGACACAUCAGUGGAACCCGUACAAAUCUACCCUCCUUCGGAAUCUGUACCUGAUGUGACCAUAACCCAGUUGCCGGAUCAACCCGAAACUUACUUGCUCACCAUCCUGUUGACAACUGAGUUGCCAGGAGUGACUGAAGACGGGUUCCUGGCCUCCGAGGUCUACCUCAAGAAGGGACCUAAAUCGGGAGACUUGGAAAACGUCAAAGUGUCUGUACAGACUUGCUCGCACCCAACAUCUACAACCAUCACCACCACCUCCACAACCGAGACAGUCUCGACAGUCCCCUCCUCCUCCCUCUCGGAAUCCACCAUCGUCACCACUCUAACCACCACUCCCCCCUUCAGCUGUGAGGAGGAGAUGAGUGUGGGAGUGGAGACCAAGGGGCAGAGUGUGUCUGUGCCUGAAGAGUGUGAAGAGGGAAGCGAGACUGGAAUGACUGAACAACAAGUGAUCCCAUUCGACGAGACCGUGUACCUCGACAGUCUGGUGAUCAGCAUCGACCCAACUUCGGCAGCUGAUAUUCCUGAGGACUCUUCUCUCACAUUCGAAGUCUUGUUUGUCGUCAAACAAGGAAUCACCACAACCGUUGCUCCAGGGGGGUCUGCGGCGACUCCAGAGAUAGUUCCGGUGACUGGGACGUUCACAAUCAGCGAAGAAUUUGGAAACAUCAUUCCAGUUGACGAAUCUACCUCACCUAGUGUUGUGAAGCAGUUCACGCUGGCCGGUUCCUCCCUCCCCACUUCGGACGGGAGUGACCCCACAGUGGUGGAUGUGCUGGCCACAGUUCCAGACAGUCUGGAAGUAGACGAGAUUGUGAUUGUGAUCAAAGCAUGCAGCAAAGUCGCAGUGGAGACCAACUACACUGGAUGUGUACCGGCUGAAACCACACAAUUGACUACAACAGAAAUAACAACCGUCUACACGACCGAAUCGAUCCCCCCAGGAUCUACUGUGACAACAGUCACCACCCAAUCAUUCGCAUCAACCCCAGCCCCAACUCUAGCCAGCACAGUCCUCACCACCCCCACCCCAUGCACCGAGACAGACAUGACACCUGUCGAGGGGGGUGACAAAGAGGUCACGUGUGCUAUCGCGAUGGACGAUACAGUUGAAGAUGUGAUGUUGUCUGUUGAAGCUGAUUCAAUUUUCAUCGAACUUGAUUUGAACCCAGAGGGCGAGGAAAUAGACGAGAUCAAAGUGUCUCCGACUGAGUUGUCGAAUGGAGUGCAGAUUGUGUUCACAGUGAAGAUCACAGACCAAAACUUCGAAGAGUAUUUUGUCGCCUACAAUGAAGAUGACGGACUGUACACUGCCACAACUGCACAGAAAUUCGACGGGUCAGUCGAUCUGCUGGACAAAGAAGAAGACACAUUGCUGGCUGUGAGAGUUGUCAUCGAGAUAUUCGCCCAGAGCUCAGCUAACAGUCUAACAGAAGAGUGCAUCAAAAACAUCGACACUACAUUCACUGCCCAAAUUCUCAAUUGCCACGAACAAGCAACAACAACAUCAUCGCCUACCACAACCAUCAGUCCAUGCGGUGUAGAAGAAAUGUUUACGCUACCUCCACCAACUAAGACCGGGACAACAAUAGCACCAAUGACGACGCCAGGUACUACUGUAGGGCCACCUGGCAGCGAAGGAACUACUGCGGGACCACCAGGUCCACCCGCCAGCAAAGGAACUACUGUGGGACCACCAGGAUCACCCGGCAGCGAAGGAACUACUGUGGGACCACCAGAAUCACCGAGCAGCGAAGGAACUACUGCGGGACCACCAGGAUCACCCGGCAGCAAAGGAACUACUGUGGGACCACCAGGAUCACCCGGCAGCGAAGGAACUACUGCGGGACCACCAGGAACACCCGGCAGCGAAGGAACUACUGCGGGACCACCAGGAACACCCGGCAGCGAAGGAACUACUGCGGGACCACCAGGAACACCCGGCAGCGAAGGAACUACUGCGGGACCACCAGGAACACCCGGCAGCGAAGGAACUACUGUGGGACCACCAGAAUCACCGAGCAGCGAAGGAACUACUGCGGGACCACCAGGAUCACCCGGCAGCAAAGGAACUACUGUGGGACCACCAGGUUCACCGGGAAGCGAAGGAACAACUGCGGGACCACCAGGAUCACCGAGCAGCAAAGGAAGUACUGCGGGACCACCAGGGCCACCCGGUAGCGAAGGAACUACUGCAGGACCACCCGGCAAUGAAGGAACUACUGCUGGACCACCCGGCAGCGAAGGAACUACUGCUGGACCACCAGGAUCACCCGGCAGCAAAGGAACUACUGUUGGACCUCCAGGAUCACCUGGCAGCGAAGGAACUACUGUUGGACCACCAGGAUCAGCCGGCAGCAAAGGAACUACAGUUGGACCUCCAGGAUCACCUGGCAGCGAAGGAACUUCUGUGGGACCACCAGGACCGCCCGGCAGCGAAGGAACUACUGCGGGACCACCAGGAUCACCGGGCAGCGAAGGAACUACUGCGGGACCACCAGGAACACCGGGCAGCGAAGGAACUACUGCGGGUUCACCAAGAUCACCAGGCAGCGAAGGAACAACUGCGGGACCACCAGGAUCACCGGGCAGCAAAGGAAGUACUGCGGGGCCACCAGGGCCACCCGGUAGCGAAGGAACUACUGCAGGACCACCCGGCAGCGAAGGAACUACUGCGGGAGCACCCGGCAGCGAAAGAACUACUGCGGGACCACCAGGAUCACCCGGCAGCAAAGGAACUACUUUUGGACCUCCAGGAUCACCUGGCAGCGAAGGAACUACUGUGGGACCACCAGGACCGCCUGGCAGCGAAGGAACUACUGCGGGACCACCAGGAUCACUGGGCAGCAAAGGAACUACUGCGGGACCACCAGGAUCACCGGGCAGCGAAGGAACAACUGCGGGUUCACCAAGAUCACCAGGCAGCGAAGGAACAACUGCGGGACCACCAGGAUCACCGGGCAGCAAAGGAAGUACUGCGGGGCCACCAGGGCCACCCGGUAGCGAAGGAACUACUGCAGGACCACCCGGCAGCGAAGGAACUACUGCGGGAGCACCCGGCAGCGAAAGAACUACUGCGGGACCACCAGGAUCACCCGGCAGCAAAGGAACUACUUUUGGACCUCCAGGAUCACCUGGCAGCGAAGGAACUACUGUGGGACCACCAGGACCGCCUGGCAGCGAAGGAACUACUGCGGGACCACCAGGAUCACUGGGCAGCAAAGGAACUACUGCGGGACCACCAGGAUCACCGGGCAGCGAAGGAACAACUGCGGGACCACCAGGAUCACCUGGAAGCGAAGGAACAACUGCGGGACCACCAGGAUCACUGGGCAGCAAAGGAAGUACUGCGGGACCACCAGGUGGCGAGAGAACUACCGUGGGAGGUGGAGCUACUACUGAAUACUGCGAAGAUGGAAUGCCUGCUGGCUCAAUUACUUCUGUGUUCUACAGUUACGAGACUACUUAG